GCCUCCACUGGUUUCCACUCUCAUCUUUUCUCUUAAUUCUCUUGGAUACCAAUCUCUCUCUCUUUUUUUUUUUGAUUUAUCCUCUUUCGAUGAUGACUAAUCUUCUUUCAGGCACUUUAUGGGAUCAAGGUGGAGGUUGAAAUGCCUUCAAAGUUUUACGGUAUAGAAAGAAAGAAGUACAAUGAAAAAUCCACACUCUCCAUUGAUUCCAUCUGCCCUUCCAAAACCAGCUUCUUUCCAUGAGGGUGUUAAACCAGAUGGCACUGCAAAUACUUUCUUUCAUGGAUUUGGUGCUCUGGGUUUGAAGAAAAGAGGUCAUGGAGGUCGUUCAUGGAUACAGAUUGAUAGGACUGGGGAAUCAAAGGUUGUAACACUUGAUAAGGCCACUCUAAUGAGGCAGUGUGGUUUACCUGCUCGAGAUCUUCGGCUCUUGGAUCCUCUGUUUGUUUAUCCUUCCACAAUACUGGGUCGAGAGAAGGCUAUUGUCGUCAGUCUUGAACAAAUUAGGUGUAUAAUUAUGGCUGAUGAUAUCUUUCUCAUGAAUUCUCUAGACGAUUGUGUACUGCAGUAUGAAUCAGAGUUGUGCCAUCGGCUUCAGACAAUGAAAGAUCAAAGUGAUAACCUGCCUUUCGAAUUCAAGGCUCUAGAGCUUGCUCUGGAAGUAGCUUCUGCAUCACUUGAUUCUCAGGUAACUGAAUUGGAAAUUGAGAUAUAUCCUGUGCUAGAUGAACUGGCGUCAUCCAUUAGCACUGUUAACCUAGAACAUGUUCGUAGGCUCAAGAGCCAUCUUCUUGCCUUGACUCACAGAGUCCAGAAGGUCCGUGAUGGGAUAGAACAGCUUAUGGAUGAUGAUGGGGACAUGGCAGAAAUGUAUCUAACUGAGAAAAAAGAGAGAAUGGAAGCAUAUUUAUACAGAGAUCGGUACUUGAAUGUUGUUCCAGCCGGCAACUGGAUCUCAACAUCUGCACCCGUCUCACCCACAUGCUCUAGUAGUGGACAACCAGAAAAGGCUUCAAACAGUACUAUCAUGAGUUUCAGUAGACAUGAGAGCUCUACAGGUUCAUCUAAUAGGGGGAGGCAUGUUGAAGAACUAGAGAUGUUACUAGAAGCAUAUUUUGUAGUUACAGACAACACUUUAAGCAAAUUAUUAUCGCUCAAAGAGUACGUGGAUGACACUGAAGAUUUUAUAAAUAUCAAACUGGACAAUGUUCGGAACCAGCUGAUCCAAUUUGAGUUGCUACUUACAGCUGCCACAUUUGUUGUGACAAUCUUUGCAGUUGUGACAGGUGUUUUUGGAAUGAACUUCGAAGAUUCUGUGUUUGAACAUGCAUCCAAUUUCAACUGGGUCUUGAUUACUUCCAGCAUCUCUUGUGCAACAAUAUAUCUCUCUUUCCUGCUAUAUGUCAAGUACAAGAGAUUACUGCCAUUAUGAGAUAUUAUCAUGGAUUUUAAUUUAUUUUGUUGUUUCCUUCUCUUCAUAUUUUUUAUUGUUUAAUUCUUGUAAGUUGUAACUAAUUUGAAUGUAAUCAUUAUUCCAUUAAGCCUGAUGCUUAGGAUUUCUAUGCCAUCACACAUAUAUAUUCCUACUUUAUCUUUUUUC